AUGGAUACCUACGAAGCAUCUCACUCGCACAGUGGGCUGACAACGGGGAACAACAGCUGUCUCGAUGAUAUGCCUACUCUUGUUGUGGAAGGUAACACUCAGGAGGUUGAAGUGCGUGAUCCCUUAAUAACCAGCGUAAUCGAGCAUUGGGAGGGCUCUGCAAAUCUCUCAACCACUUCUCUCCAGGAAAACACUGCUGUAAAGAGUGGUUUGAUCACGACGCCGUCUGCCAUAGAACGUAGCUCUGAGAAACAAGGGGAGGAUUGGUUUCUGUCAGGUCCGCGAAUGGAGCCGCAACAACCAGUCCGGUUAAGCUCCAACAGCAAUCUCACCCAAUGGAGACAUAGUGCCCUGAGUCGGAUGCUGAAAAACGAUGUGUACGGCCCCGAAGUGAAGGAAGGCUGGCGGAUAUGGACGCGGGCCUGCAAGGAGGGCCUGAGCCGUCCUCUUAUUAUCAACUCUAUCGAUGAGAUCGUGCACUUUUGUGGGUGCUCGCGCAACGCCUUUUACAGCGCAGUGGCCUACCUCGACCGCUUUGUCGCCCUCGCGACGGACCCUGUUCUGAGCUGCCGGGAUUUCCUCAAACGCAUCCUGCAGGGCCGCUCCGGCGCCUCCGCCACGCUGCACCCGACCUUUACCAUCGACUACCAAACCCUCUGCACCUACCUCACCCAAGUCAUCGCAGCUUGUGCGAUGCUGGGGUGCAAAUUUGUGGAGACCUACCCACCGCGGGUCAAUAAAGUCUUAAUGUGUUUGCAGGCGGAAUCCCGCCUAUCCCAAGGGGACUUUUGGAUGCUUGAGAUUCACGUCCUGUCGACGCUGCGAUACCAAAUGCAGCCCGUCACCACUAAUGAACUCGUAGAGACACUGUUAUGCUUUGGGGGCGGGGACGGGCUGGAGCGAGAGUGUAGUGUGGAGUACUACACCCAUCUUCUCCAUGGCCGCGCCCGAAGCGAGCCCCACCUUGCUCCACAGGUCUACAAACGCAUCCUACAACACCGCGAGUGCGCCUCGCGAUAUGCGGCUACCGAAAGUUCAGUGACGGAAAUCCCCCGCUCGCCCAUAUCGGGGGGGUCCCCCCUUAGUACUCCAUCCUACCGCUCGAAAUGGCACCAGCUUUGCAUGCUCGCGCGGUUCAUCUGCGAUAUGAUGAUUCGUGGAUCCCCAACGGCCUCGGCGAGCCCCAGCGCGAGCUCGGACCUGAGCUGUUUUCUGGACGUCCCGCCGGCGCUCUCGGCGGUGGCGAUCGUCGUCGUAACCGCCGAGGUGCUUCGCACCCCACUCCCGGUGCCUCUUUUUUCUCUCCUUCCGUCCUCUUAUCAGGCGCAGCUUCAGCGGUACGGCCUGAACCCCGCGACCCGGACCUUUCCUAUCCAAACCGGCGAGUCCGGCGCCGCGGCAAACGACCACUCGGUCUCUGGAAACGAUCAAUCGGGCGGUAGGAGACUCCCAAAAGGGCAGACCUCCCCCGACGCCCCCGCCGCCGAGUGCGGCUCUGCCCUUUCUUCCUCGGCCUCCCUCUUUCCGGUUUCCAUCCACGACGACACCUAUGCGCUGAUCCAAACCUACUGCGAGAUGGUGAAAUCAAUGCCCUACACUAAUCUUAGCAAACCUUCAGAGUUGGCAGCGGAGGUCGCCGGCGGCCGCUGCCGAGACCAAGACAGCAAUCUGCUCAUGCUCGCAAUCGAAGAAGUUCAUGAAUGCUAUCGUGAGUGCCGCGAGACGCCGUGCGACCCUAUUCUUCGAAAGCGGUAUCGAGAUAUGUUCUCAACGCAAGUUGAAGAGUAA